AUGUGGUACGGUGAGGAGGUGGAGAUGGUCGACGAGGGGGACGGUCGUUGCUGCAGGUGUGGCGGAAGCCCUUGGAGCUCUGCCUAUGAGGCGGAGAAUGGCCGACGGCACGCUUGCGCGCAACCCCUUCCGCCUUCCUGCUUGAGAUGCGUGCGAGUCGUGACCCGCAUGCCGCCCAGCAUGUGGCUCCUGUGUUGUGGCCACGCUGCCGAGGCUCGCACGCUUGCGAGAGCUCAGCGGUUGCACAUUGCGCUUGGGCAGUCAUGCUCUCACCUCCUCCCCUUGUUUUGCAUGUGUGUUUUUUUGUCGGCAGGGGCCUGCUUUUCAUGUCUGCAUGCCCCUGGCCUGGAGCUGGUUGAGGCAGCAAUGCCGUCGCCAUCGUCAAGACCACCUCGUCAUACCGCAGGUUCCCUUCGGAGGCCACAUGUCAAGCUUUGGCAUGGAAGCAGGCCGCUGGCAAACAACACAGAACAACGAGGCUUGUUGGCAAGCCCACAGCGCAAUAAGGAUAAGGAUUCCAGACGCGGGUCUAUCCAUAACCACAUCACCGCCACCGCCAUCACCAUGAUCGUCGCCGCCUUCGUCAUCACCAUUACCAUGCUCGUUGUCAUCGGUGUGGGCCUGUAG